UUUUGUUUCCUAUAUUUGUUUUGGCAGACACGAUGGGACAACAAGGACAGCCUUAUUUUAGUAAUUGACUGUUCAAGAGAGAUGUUUCAACAGGUCCGAGGUGAAAUCCCUUUUCAGCUAUGCAUAAAGUGUGCUGUGAGUGUGCUGAAAAACAAGAUCAUAAGCAGUGACAAAGAUUUGAUUGGGAUUGUGUUCUUUGGAACUGAUAAGAGCAAGAAUCCAAGUGAUUUCAAGCAAGUGUAUUUAUAUCAGGAGUUAGAUUUUCCAGAUGCCCAACGUAUACUUGAUCUUGAAAAAUUUCUUGAAGAUGAUAGUUGCAAUGAUUUUGAAAACAAGUUUGGUCACAACAGUGGGUUUUCCUUAAAUGAUGUCCUCUGGACAUGUUCUAACAUGUUUUCCAAAAGUUUGCAGAAGAUUGGACACAAGCGCGUCAUGUUGUUUACCAAUAAUGACAAUCCCCACGCUGGUGAUCCUGCCCUUCAAGUAAGAUUCCAAAAGUGUAUGUUAACUUUGGAACUCUUUAAUUAUUUCCAAUGA